UGCAGAGUAGAACGGAACAGCAGAGAGACGAGUGAGAUCGGCAGCAGUUUCGUGCCACGGGGCACUGGUGAUCAAGCUUUUUAGCUUCACUCCACGAUUAAUAUUUAUUUUUUAUCAAUUGGCAACGAGUGAUAGAGAUUUUACGAAGAAAUACUGCCAGUUCAAUUGGGGAGAAAAUAAUAGGGAAAAUUAACGAACCAUUUGUGGUUCAUCGCAGUGCUCAGGACUUUGGCGAUCGGUAAUGAUGACCUAGGUGUGACUUGACAGUUUAUUGGAAAUAUUGUUUAAGGAUAUUGUUGGAUUGUUGGUGAACAGCAGCUACGAUGAAGUCUAUGAAGAACCUCCUGAUUUUCAUAGUCCUGGGGACUAAUUUGUCGCUUCUUCGGGCACAUCGUGAGCACAAGGUUCACAAUAUCGUUCUAUAUCCGGACAAGCAUAGUUGGUGCAAGACAACACCAAUAAAGCAGGUUGUCACAUGGCCCCAGUGCUCGUCCCAGGAGUUGGAUAACAACGUAUGCGUUGGAGCAUGUUUCUCGUAUAUGGUACCACACAGCGAGCCCUCAGCUCCGGGAGACCUUAUUAGGCCUUACUGUGACUCCUGCCAGCCCCUUGAUAGUGUCUGGCAUACGGUGACCCUCGACUGCAAGGACGAGGACAACAAUGCGAUAACAAUGCAGAAGAAGGUUCAAAUAAUCACAAACUGCUCCUGCUCUUCUUGCAUGGAGACAUCCCAGAUAAAACCGGACUACAACACCCUGUUGCGGAAGCUCGCCGAGGAGAACAUGGACAAGAACGUAAACAUCAUCCACGAGACACCGGAUCUUCUGCUAGACCCUAACCUCAGCUCCUCCAAGAACACAUCGAAGGAUAAUCUUCAGGUCAGUGACAAGUUUAUGCAGUUCUUCAAGCAGAUGAAGGAGAAAGAGAAGGUGGACGAGGAGGAGGCGAAGGAGCUGUUCGCUAAAUUCAAGGAGGGAGUUGACCUCGGAAAAUUGCAUGAGAUUCUGAAGAAGUAUGAGCAUGGAGAAGAGCACCAGAAGCACCACAGUCACAAUCACAAUCAUCACAAGGUGGAGAAGAGUCACUUGGAGGAGGGUGAGGAGAUCCCGAGUCUUCUGCACGCGAGUUUGCACAGGGGACCUCAUCAUUCAUUGGUUCUUGAGCCGGAUGUCAAGGGUAAGAUCGACGUCGAGCCACAUGACCUGCAGCCAGCUGUCGCCGGACAGGAGAUAAGCUAUCAGGAUACCGUUGCUGUGGACAAAGAUAAGAAGAAGGACUUCUAGGGACAUUGGCUCGAGGUGGGGGUGAAUUUUUCGGAGAUACAAUAAUCAUCAAUAUUUGAUGACUCUAAUUGAAUUCGAUGGGAAGAGAUUAGUUAUAGGGUAAAUACAAAUUGCGGUAGUUCGAACUAAAGAGAGAUCAAAAGUGAAAUUUUAAUAUAUUUAAUGAACUAAUUAUUAUGUAAUUAAAAAUACAUUAUUUAAAUCAUUUUUGGGUAAUUCAUGGGCGCCAAGCGUUUCAUGGCUUACUUCGUACUGUAAUUAUAUAUAUUUUUUAUCUUAUCGAUGGAAUUUUUGUAGAGAGUGAGCAAAGUACAUGCAGUCCAAUAAAAGGGAAAAUGAGACAAAA